GUGUGUUUUGAGUUUGUCCUUUUGUUGAAUGAGAUUCCCAAAGAUUGAAGAGUAUCGUGUCCUAUUCAUCUUUUCUUUUUUUUUGAGUAAAUGACGCGAUAUAAUUACACUCAUUUGGAAAAAAAAUUGUAUUAUUGUAUACAGGCCUCUCUUCGUUUCAUAUCAGAUACGUUUGUGGACAGUAUAAAAGAGAUCCACCCUAUAGAAGAUUGAAACAUAGUCGUGCAUGAUGAGUGCUGGCAGUCACAUUAACAUCAUGUGGACAAUUUUAUUAUUAUUCUCUCCUCUCUCUUUUGUUGUUAAAAAAUGACUGAAGCAAAUACAACAACUAAAGCAGACGAUAAUAAGACAGCUUCCCAAAUAGAGUCCGCUCAAGCGAUACGACAAAAAUAUGAAGAGUCGAAGCUGGAACUCCAAAAAUUACUGAGUAAAAAGAAGCGAGUGGACCUGAACUUGGUUAAUCUUGAGAAUUCAAUAUAUUUGUUUGAAGGAAGUUAUUUGGAGGACACACAACAAAAUGGCAAUAUUAUUCGAGGAUUUGAUGGAUAUUUAUCCAGUCGACAAGACAGAAAAAAACCAAAAUUCACAGAAUUAGACAGAUUAUUCUCACUGUCUUCUUCCACAUAUCAAAAGGCAUUAGCUCAAAAAGAAGAGAGAGAACAAGAAUCUAGUCAGGAUGAUCAUAUUAGUAGCGCUAGUUCAAUGCGAAGAGAAAAGAAGCGACGAUUAAAAUUGUUCAGCAGUGGGGAAUUUAUGAGGAAAAAAAAGAGAUUACCAACUGAAGAAUACAUCUUAUCAGAAGAGGACGAAUAAAAAAAAAAUUCCCUCCCUUUUUUCCCACUCUUUUUCUCAGUUUUUUUUUUUUUUUUUUUAAGAAACUAUAUUAUCUUAU